CUACACAGCCUACUGCGAAUCCGUGCUCCUCUUCCCAUGCGAAAUAACCAUACGAGUCCGAUGACCCAUUUGGAAAACGCUCCCACAUAUUUCCCACGACAAGCCUCCAUACAUGAAGCGAUUGAGGGGCUGCUCCCGCUGCAGACCGCUAAGAUGUCUCAGGCCCUGCCCAAUAUCACGAACCUCUGAACAUCUGAUGAGAACAUCCCGCGCACAUCAACCACUAUUUUCCUUCCUUCCCGCCGUUGCACAGACUUUUCUUAUUCCAACAACACGAUCGUCAACCAGGUCAUCUGGCGAUAACACGGCAACAAUUUCAAAUCCAUGCCUGGGAAGCUUUGGAACGUCUGUGUUUAUCCCGCUGUGGGUUGCUUCUUUCGUGCACCACAACCGUCGUGACCCUGCUCGUGGAGGACAAUCAAACCCGAAUCAUCGACUGCCUCCGUUACGUAGUCAGAAGGUCGAGGAUUCAUGGCAACGUCCCUGGUCGGACACACCCAUCUGCCGGUGAACUGCGGGUCUUGAAGGACAACAUAGGACGAGAUCCACUAUUGCAGGAGAGGUUGUACGCAAUUGAUGCACUGAAUUGAUAGUACAAGCCUCGUCUUGCCAGCGGGUGUUUCAAUUGGAGGCCAGAGAAUG